AAUGUUGAAGUUAAUGUAGUAUUUGAGUGCCGUCUAUUGUAUGCUCUCUUCUCCUUCUUAGUCGUGUCGUGACACACUGUGACAUAUUCCAAGACGAUUCAAUUUAACCAUGGAAGUUGAUCCUCACAACUACGAUGACAUUUCUAUAAAUGAAAAAGAUGUCCCCAACAUUGUUCUCUCAUACCUUAUACAUAACUGCUAUGAAGAAUCCGCAGAGUCGUUCAUUGCCGGAGCUGGGACGACGCGGCCGACAGAUUAUUUGGAUAACAUGGAGAAAAGAAAAGAAAUCAUUCACUAUGCAAUGGAGGGAAAUGCACUUAAGGCUAUUGAGCUAACUGAGCAGCUGACACCAGAAAUUCUGGAGAAGAAUAAGGACUUGCUAUUUGACCUUUUAAGUCUUCAUUUUGUAGAGCUUGUCCGUUCUAAGAAAUGCACAGAAGCUUUGGAGUUUGCUCAGACCAAGUUGAGCCCUUUUGGAAAGGAGACAAAAUAUAUGGAAAAACUUGAAGAUUUUAUGGCCCUUCUUGCUUAUAAGGAGCCAGAAAAUUCUCCAAUGUUUCAUUUACUUAGCUUGGAUUAUCGUCAAGAGUUUGCAGAUAAUUUGAAUCGAACUAUCCUUGCAUACUUUAACCUUCCCAGCUACACAGCAAUGGAGAGGCUUGCACAGCAGGCGACAGUAGUUAGACAAUGCUUAAACGAGGUAUCUGGAAAGGACGGGCCUCGACCAUUUUCUUUGAAAGAAUUUCUUAAAAGGCGAUGAGAAAGCAAUUACAUAUCUGCUAGAAAUUGUGGAGUGAAGCACAAUUACCUUAUGCACAUUUAUCUGAUACCUCUGUUGUCAAUUGUUGGAUUGGUGUAUGAUUUGAUCAUAGGUGUAAUGUUGUCUGAAUGCUAUACUUGUAUAAAUUUUUUCAUAUCAGGCUAUCUAGAUUUUUCUAGUCUUA